AUGGCUCUGCGGCUAAUCCACCCAUUUUGUCGACCUACGCUACUUCCAUCCUGUCUUCCAGCAUGGCAACCGGCGCGAUCCAUAGCCACCGUACGCUUGCGCCGUAAGGCGGCACGCAUGGCCCUUUCUCCGGAUGUGGCCAAGUCAUCGUUAAAAAAGCCAAAGAAGGAUCAAGAUGUUUUUGGUCCGUUCGCAGGAAUGAACCAAAGGAAAGCACCGGCUCGCAUUACACCUCGCGCGAAGUCUCGGGCAGCCGCCAAACGAUCUGGAGAGCCCGAGCAAUCUCGGAAGGAAGGAAGCCCGUUAUACAAGGCCCUGAAGAUGCAGACGGCGCUGGCUCCAUUGAAUUAUGGUCGUCGAGCAGCUAUUAAGAAUAAAAUUGCCGAGAUUACCACUUUCGAUCAGUUUGCCUUCUUGCCCGUCGUGCGGGAUUCGAUCUCCUCUCAAGCCCUUCCGCAUUUAGUUGAGCUUACGCCUACUCCGAUCCAGCGUCUUGCAAUUCCCCAGUUACUCGAGGAGACCGUCUCAGAUAAACGCAAGCGAAAGAAGUCGGCUGAUGUGGACGAUGAUUCUGUACCUCAAUACGACCAAUUCCUUCUCGCAGCUGAGACUGGUUCUGGAAAAACUUUGGCCUACUUGCUUCCAGUCAUCGAUGCUAUGAAGCGUGAGGAGGCAGUAGAGAAGGAGGAGGAAAAGAGGCAGGAAGAGGAGAAGGCAAGAGAAAGAGAGGAGAGGAUGAAAAACAGGGCAUUUGAACUUGAGCCUGAGAUGCCCCCGCUGUCGGAUGCUGGGCGACCAAGAGUAAUCAUUCUUGUUCCCACUUCGGAGUUGGUCGCUCAGGUGGGUGCCAAAGUCAAGGAUUUGUCCCAUACGAUUAAAUAUCGUUCUGGGAUGAUCCAUUCAUCAUUAACGCCUCGUCGGAUCAAAAAUACCGUAUUCAACCCUGCCGGAAUUGACAUUCUUGUUUCUACUCCUCACCUUCUGGCAUCCAUUGCCAAGACGGAUCCCUAUGUCCUAAGCCGGGUUAGCCACUUGGUGCUGGAUGAAGCUGAUUCUCUCUUGGACCGGUCGUUUGCUCCCACGACCACAGAGCUGAUUGACAAAGCUGCCCCGUCACUCAAGAAACUGAUCCUGUGUUCGGCUACGAUCCCUCGCAGCUUGGAUUCCUUCCUGCGCAAACGCUACCCAGACAUUAAGCGGCUGACGUCACCCAAUCUGCACGCCGUUCCGCGGCGUGUGCAGUUGGGUGUUGUGGACAUUGAAAAGGACCCGUACCGCGGAAAUAGAAACUUAGCCUGUGCGGACACUAUCUGGUCAAUUGGCAAGGCCGGCGACCCAUUGGAAACCGCAGGCCCAUUCGCAAAAUACAUGCCCCCGCACGUGAAGAAGAUCAUUGUCUUCGUCAACGAACGUGAAGAAGCCGACGAAGUUGCUCAGUUCCUCCGAUCCAAGGGUAUCGACGCCGUUUCCCUCUCCCGUGACUCCAAUUCACGGCACCAUGAGGAAACGCUUGCCGAGUUCACCGAGAUUCGCAUCCCGCCUUCCCCGGAAGAGAUCAUCAAAGCCCAGAAACAGUACCGGCUGGAGAACGCGAUCCCCUUUGUGGAGGCCGAGAAACCACAGAAUACCGAGCGCAAAUUGGAAGGUACCAAGGUGCUUGUCACUACGGAUUUGGCAUCGCGUGGAAUCGACACAGUUGCCGUGAAGACAGUGAUCCUUUAUCACGUGCCGCACACAACGAUCGACUUUAUCCACCGCCUGGGCCGUCUGGGAAGAAUGGGCAAGAGAGGUCGCGGCAUUGUCCUGGUUGGGAAGAAGGACCGCAAGGACGUUGUCAAGGAGGUUCGGGAGGGAAUGUUCCGCGGGCAGGCGUUGAUAUAG